CACACACACACACACACACACAGUUACAACAGUUCUGAGAGUAAAGACAACACUUCUUGCCAAACAGCUUUAUUCUUGUUAACCUUUGUGCAACAAGAAAGGAGGGAUGAAGCUGCAACUUCUGAUCGUUUGUGCUAUGAAGUAUUUGGUUCUAACCAAUCAACAAGAUGGGGAAAAACAGCCCCUAGCAGAGGGAGUUACCCUUGAUCUAAGUUACUUUGAUUCCAUUUACAAUGGUUCUCCGUAUGAAAAUGAACUAUCUGCUCCUUGCAGUGUAACUCCACCUGGAUUUAAUAGCUUGGGCCUGAUGAUCACCUUCAUGGUCGUGUUUGUCCUCAGUCUGUUGGGCAACAGUGUAGUUGUGUAUGUGGUGUGUUGUAUGAAGAAAGGUAGAGCCAGCACAGAUAUCUACUUGAUGCACCUGGCGAUGGCAGACCUUGUCUUCUGUCUUACCCUCCCAUUCUGGGCCGUCAACGCUCACUCUGGUUGGAUCUUCGGCAACUUCCUGUGCAAACUUCUGUCGGGCUUCCAGGAGGCAUCGGUGUACAGUGGUGUCUUCUUGCUGGUGUGCAUCAGUGUCGACCGCCACUUUGCCAUUGUGAGAGCAACUCGUGUCCUGACCUCCCACCAUCUGUUAGUGAAAGUGGUGUGCAGUGUGGUGUGGCUGGUGGCUGGAGCGCUGUCCUUACCCGUGGCGAUUCAGAGGGAGAGCAUGCAUGCUGAAGACCUGGGUCGAACCAUUUGCUAUGAAAACCUAACCGGUGAAAGCAGUGACCGCUGGCGUGUUGGCCUGCGUGUCAUGCGCCACAGUGUGGGCUUUUUCUUGCCACUGGUGGUGAUGGCUGUCUGCUACGGCUGGAUCCUGGUGACGCUGUUCCACGCACGCAAUCAACAAAAGCAAAAGGCCAUACGCGUCAUCUUGGCAGUGGUGUCAGCAUUCAUUCUGUGCUGGUUGCCUUAUAACAUCACUGUCCUGAUUGACACACUCAUACGAGGCGGAACACUUCCAGUGGAGACAUGUGAAACUCGCUAUACAGUGGAAAUGGUGCUAGAUGUGACCCAACUGUUGGCCUUUGUACACUGUGCAGUGAAUCCAGUGCUGUACGCCUUCAUUGGGGAGAAGUUCCGUAACCAGCUGCUCUUAGCUCUGUACAAACACGGGAUCAUCAGCAAGAGGCUCCUGGUGGCUUACAGGAAGGGAUCAGUCAACAGUGUAGGGAGCAUCAGAUCCAGAAUCACCUCUGCUACCGUGUAAAAAAAAAGCAUGUAAAAAAACAGCUAAUCUUGCUCUGUAAUUUUAGGAGUCAGGCUAGCUGUUACCACCUGGUUUCAGUCUUUAUGCUUAGCUAAACUAUGCUAUUGGCUAGUGGCUGUAGCCUUAUGUUGAAUAGACAGACAUCCACAAAUAACUCUCUGCAAAGAUAGUGAACAAACAUAUUUCCCAAAAAUGUCAAACUGUUUCUUUAAAUCAUGUCAUCCCCAAUUUUUGAACAAAUAUUACUAAGGAUGUGCAUGGUUCACAUGUAUGGUACUAAAGUAAAAAGGGAAUGGUCGCUUCAAAACUUCAGCUGGAUGUCUGCUUUAGGAUCCUGUCACAAUCCAAAUGUGUCCCUGAUAGCUUAAGAGAGCAUUUGC